AUGCAGCCCGCGUCACCUGGCUCCUCUGAUUGCUCUUCCUACGACUACAUCACUCACAACAGCGCGGCCGGUUACUAUCGCUCUGGCCGGCAAGAUUCCUACGGGUAUCCCCCUCCCACAAUAGCACCCGCCGAGAAGCGUCUGAGCGGUAACUCGGUGUCCGAUGCCCCAUCCCCGCCCAGAUCCAUUGGCGGAUCUAAAGAUGCAGCCGGUGCCAAAGGGACCAGAAAGAACAAAUACCCUUGUCCCUUCGCUGCCAGCCAUGGAUGUUCAGCGACUUUCACAACUUCGGGACACGCCGCACGCCACGGCAAGAAACACACGGGAGAGAAGAGCGUGCAUUGUCCCAUAUGCAACAAGGCUUUUACUCGAAAGGAUAACAUGAAACAACAUAUCCGUACUCACCGCACGCAUUCAGAAGACACGCCUGCGGGAACGGUCGAGCGCGAUGGCGAGACCGCCAGCGGCCGAUGGGCAACGGGGCGGACCAGCCCUCUAUAUAGCCAUUCGCGGUCGGCGAGUCAGUCGCAGACGGAUGGGAACGUCUAUCACCGCAGCAUGAGUACCAUGAAUAUGACGACGUCUAGCGGAAGCCAUCGUCGGCAUUCGCCUUACUGA